AUGUUCUCCGUCGUGGUCCCAGGCCGGCCAUGUCUGACCGACAUUGUCGCCGUCGACGCGCAACCCAAUGGACAAGCGACUAAAUUCACCAUCACGAUCCCGCUCAGCCCGCCCUUUAGCGACAUUGUGGUCUUCUUCCUGCCAGGAACCAUCCUCCCACCCAAUACAGGUGCCGCCAUCUACGCCCAGCUCCCGGACCUAGCCUCCGGCCACCCAACCGACUUCCGCUUCAUCGGGGCGCUCGCCAACGAGAAGCCAUCGGGGAUCUUCACCGUGCGCCCGUCCACUCAAUCCAGCAGCAAUGACAUCCCACAGCGCAGCGAGGCCGAGGAGGAAGACGAAAUGCUCGACGAGGGCACAUCAGGCGGGGCCGGCGGCGCCAGCGGCGGCGGCGUCGUCGUGACGCUGGGCAUUUCCAUCGAGCCCGCACAAAACAUCGCGCCGCAGCUAGCAACGCUCGAGGCCGAGCGUCCUCGCCAGUCGCAGGCCCAGGACCCGUCGCAGUCCUCCACGGCUUUGGUGCCCCGGUCUGCGGACCAGCGACAGCAGCAGCAAAUCUCGACGAAAGUCCUGGCCCAGCGCAUUAUCGGCAGCGCGUUCAAUUUCCUGGCUAGCUUUGCCGAGUCUGAUCCCAGCCAUAAGGGCCAGGAUGUUGUUCCGCUCAAGAGCUUCCGCGAUUGGUGGACCAAGUUCGAGCGACGCAUUGAAAUGGAUCCGGCAUUUCUGGAGCGUGAGGACCCCAAUGCGGCAUGA